CCCAGGGGUUUGGAUUUCUUCAGAGUAUCUUAUGGUGGUAGCUUAGGAACUUAGGAAUCUAGAGAGCCAAUGGCAAUGGAAGGGCAAACUACAUAGAUUCCCGGUAGAGUAAUCAAUGCGACCCGUCGGUCUAUGGCACCAAUCCUUUCUUCCUCUUCUAGUAUUUUCUUCUUCCAUCCAAUGGCCGGGUAUCUAACGAGGGAUAUACGAGCACUGACUUUGGGGGCCACCGAAUAUCCGUAUCUUCUUCAUCUCUCGCUCUCUCCAACUGGUCUCGUGAUCUAAAUUCGCUGCGGCGAUGAAUCCAGAGGAGGAAUUUGGGCAAGCAGAGGCGCCGGAUCUCACAUUGGGAUGCGCGAUCGUAAAGAGGGACUCGAGUGACCAGCAAACUCGGAGGAGGAUGGAGGAUUAUUUGCAAGCUCUCCAACAGGAAAGGCAAAAGAUUGAGGCUUUCAAGCGAGAGCUUCCCUGCUGCAUGAAUUUGCUCGAGCAAGCUAUCCAAUCGACCAGGGGAUGUUUGGACGAGAGCUACAAAACAGAGAUGGAAGAGGAAAAUCCGCCCAAGCUGGAGCUCUUUCUCGAGAAUCGCUCAGGCUUUCUUCUUGGAAAGCCCAAGAGCGAGGCCGAGGAUCAUCGCGAUUUUGAGGAAAGACCAUCCACUCCAAAGCAAAAUUGGAUGCAGCUCGCUUGUUUCCCAUCGCAAUCACCCCGUGAGGAUGGAGAAUUUGAAACAAGAAAAGCUCUCAGAUCAUCGACGGCAUCAGCUGAUUCCGGUGCUUUUGCGCCUUUUGUGCGAGACAAGAAAUGGGAUCAAGCUGAACUUUGCCUCUCCUCGUCUAUUUGCUUAUCUCUGGAACAAAAGAAAACUGGCUUCAUAAAGUUUCAAGGCAGCGAGUCAAAUUUGCCUCUAGUAGAGCUUUCCUUGCAGCAAAUGCCUAGCAGCGGCAUUUGCUCAAACUCUACUUUACACCAACAAAGAAAGGCGAGGCGGUGCUGGUCUCCGGAGCUCCAUCGACGAUUUGUCAAUGCUUUACAGCAGCUCGGAGGAUCCCAAGUUGCCACUCCAAAGCAAAUCCGAGAACUCAUGAAGGUAGAUGGUCUUACAAACGAUGAAGUAAAAAGCCACCUCCAGAAGUAUCGACUCCACACGAGAAGACCGGCGACAGUAGCCCCAGGAACAGCAGCCCAGAAAUCCCCUCAAGUUGUUGUUCUUGGGAGCAUCUGGGUUCCUCCAGAGUAUGCAGUGUUUGAUCACCAUCAAGCAGCACCGAGUAUGCAAAGUAAUCCUCUCCAGCAAAGCCAGGCUCAAGAUUUCUUUGCAAAUCUCCACGCUUCCCCAGCUGAGCCAUUGGUGUUUUAUGAGAAGCAAGAGCUCUUAAAAUCCUCCAAGGAAGAGGGGGAAGUUUUGAGCCCCAGGAAAGCUAGCGCCACCACUGCUUCCGAGGAGGAGGACGAUGGAGAUGUGACGGAGGCUGAAGAGCAGCGGUAAAUUGGUUUUGCCAAACGCUACUGCAACCAAAAGAGUGAGUGAGAAUGAGAAAAGGCAAAAGGAAAAAAGAAGAAGAAGAAGAGCGCUAUGAUAAGAACCUGCAGCUACGAUGUGAGAAGUAUCACAGUUUGCUUGAUUGCAAGAAUAGUAGAAUGGUUGGAAAAAGCUGGUCUCGUUCGGUCCAAGACGCAAAGUAGUCCGCCAGGAAGAAAAGGAUGUGUUUUCUAUGCGAUGGGGGGACCUGUUCGAGAGAAAAUGUUACUCCCUUCCCUAGAAGAAAAGUGUAAGAUACGUACCUGAUUUAUAAGAGAGAGAGAGGCCUUCUCCCUUCUCCGCA